AUGGCUUCCCUCCUUACAGCCACUAGCCUGCUCGUCACUCUCAUAAUGUCAACCUCCAAUGCCAACGCUGCGGCAUCUUCCCCACCGGCAGCCAGCAGCAACAUUGCCACCACAGCACAGGAGAUGCAGCUAGCGCGCUACUUCACCUUCGUCAUGCUCAUCAGGAUGGUGCAGGAGAAGAUACCACGCAACACCACCUUCCUGAUGCCCAACGACAGGCUGCUGUCUACUGCAUCAAUCCCGGAGAACCAAGUGCUGGAGUUCCUGUUGAGGCAUUCCAUCUCGGCGCCACUGAUGUUCAAUGACCUCAUCAGGCUUCCCAAUGGAACAGUGGUUCCCACCCACCACUCAAGCGACAUGAUCACAGUAACCAGCAGUGGGCAUCAGAAGCUCUACCUCAACAAUGUUGAGCUCACCACGCCUGACCUCUGCCACUCAGGUGAUUCGUUCAGGUGCCACGGAAUAAAUGGAGUAAUAAGGCCAACAGCAGCUGUGAGGAGAGGAAAAGGGGCGACUUGCACUCACUAUGCUGCUCCAACUUCUGCUGCAAACCAAUCCUUAGACACAUCUUCUCUACCAUCUCCCAACACAGGUUCUGCCACGGUCGCUGCCCAGGAACCUGCAGCAGAAAGCCCACAAAGUUCAGACACUUCUAUACCACAAAUUGGAUUGACUUGUACUACCUUUUUUAUAGUAUUGAUGUUCUCCAUUUUCUAA